AGGUUUGGUAAGUGGGGAGUUCUCCCUGCUCCAGGAGGCAGGGGGAAGUGGCAGAAGUGACUGGGUCCUGCUUUCUUCAGACCCAAGCUAGGUCAUUCCAGACCUCACCAGAAAAUAUUGCUGGCCCCUGGUUUAGAGCUAGGAAAUGGGAUAUGCCUAGGAUAGAGGUCAGUCACAAAUGCUGCCCCUCUCUGGAGCUUCGAUGUCUUCCUCUGCUUGGAAUCUACAACCUGGAAUCUUCUCUAAAAGGCUUUCAUCUCUAUCACAAGUUGCCCUCGGUAGUACCUGAAAGUUGCCUGCUUAUUCUGGUUGGACUACUGCUGGGUGGAAUUAUUUUUGGAGCAGAGGAAAAGUCCCCACCUGCAAUGAAGAGUGAUGUUUUCUUUUUGUAUCUCCUUCCUCCAAUUGUACUCGACGCAGGAUAUUUUAUGCCAACUCGUCUUUUCUUUGAGAACUUUGGCACUAUAAUCUUGUAUGCUGUAGUGGGCACACUCUGGAAUGCUAUCGGGAUUGGGGUUUCCCUCUUUGGAAUUUGCCAGAUUCAAGUAUUUGGCUUGACUGAUAUCACAUUGCUGCAGUGUUUGCUUUUUGGCAGCUUAAUUUCAGCUGUGGAUCCUGUGGCAGUGCUGGCUGUUUUUGAAAAUAUUCAUGUCAAUGAACAGCUUUACAUCCUAGUGUUUGGAGAGUCUCUGUUGAACGAUGCUGUAACAGUGGUGCUGUACAAUCUGUUCAAGUCUUUCUGCCAGAUGCGCACAAUUGAGACCAUUGAUGUAUUUGCUGGAAUCGCUAAAUUCUUUGUAGUGGGGAUUGGUGGAGUGCUGAUUGGAAUCCUCCUGGGAUUUGUAGCAGCAUUUACUACCCGUUUCACUCAUAAAAUCCGAGUUAUUGAGCCACUCUUUGUCUUCCUGUACAGUUACUUGUCAUACAUAACGGCUGAAAUGUUUCACCUCUCUGGCAUCAUGGCGAUAACAGCUUGUGCCAUGACCAUGAAUAAAUAUGUGGAGGAGAAUGUUUCCCAGAAGUCCUUUACAACCAUAAAGUAUUUCAUGAAGAUGCUGAGCAGUGUCAGUGAGACUCUGAUCUUUAUAUUCAUGGGAGUGUCUACUGUUGGAAAAAACCAUGAAUGGAACUGGGCCUUUGUCUGCUUUACUCUUCUCUUCUGUUUGAUCUGGCGUGCACUGGGUGUUUUUGUUUUGACUCAGAUUAUUAACAUGUUCCGGACAAUUCCCCUAACAUUCAAGGACCAGUUUAUCAUUGCUUAUGGAGGUCUCCGAGGAGCCAUCUGUUUUUCUCUUGUAUUUCUGCUCCCUGCUGCUGUGUUUCCUAGAAAGAAAUUGUUCAUCACUUCUGUUAUUGUGGUGAUAUUCUUUACAGUUUUCAUUCAGGGGAUAACAAUUCGUCCCCUGGUGGAGUUUCUUGAUGUGAAGAGGUCAAACAAAAAACAGCCAGUUGUCAGUGAAGAAAUUUACAAUCGGUUCUUUGAUCACAUGAAGGCUGGAAUAGAAGAUGUAUGUGGACAUUGGGGUCACAACUUUUGGAGAGAUAAGUUUAUAAAGUUUGACAAAAAAUAUAUACGGAGACUUCUGAUCCGGGAGAACCAGCCCAAAUCUAGCAUUGUCUCUCUGUAUAAGAAACUGGAAAUAAAACAUGCCAUUGAGAUGGCAGAGAGUGGGAUGAUAAGCACAGUCCCAUCUUUAGCUUCUCUCACUGACUACCGGGAAUUAAAAGUGAAAGUAAAGCCACUUUCCUCUGCUGAAAUGGAAAAUAUGCGGGAUAUUUUAACAAAGAACCUCUAUCAAAUACGCCAGCGGACGCUGUCAUAUAACAGACAUAGCCUGACUGCAGAUGCAAGUGAAAAACAAGCGAAAGAAAUUCUUAUCCGUCGCCGGCACAGCCUGAGGGAAAGCAUUAGAAAAAGCCACAGUCUGUCUAGGGAGAGACCGGCUUCUGCUAAUACAACGCGCUAUCUGUCACUGCCCAAAAAUACUAAACUCCCAGAGAGACUACGAAUACGAAACAAAGCAACUUUUAGAGUGAGUGACAGCAGUGACUCUGACACAGAUGCUGCUACCACAGUGCUCAAUUUAAAACCCAGACCAGGAAAAAAAAUGAGAGACCCAAAGCAAAAACAGCGGAAGCCACAGCAGCAAUUUAGAAUGGAAUGGAGGAAUGAAGUCGACAGAGACUGUGAUGGAAAAGGAGAUCACAGGGAGGCAGCUAACCAAGCUCUGACAUCCAGUUGGUUCAGGCAACCUCUGUUGUCAAGACCAAGGUUUGGUACACUGAGUGAAGAAGAUUUGACUAAAGAUGAUGGAUCAACAAGACCAAUGCCGCCACCACGGCUAGGCAGGCAGGCCUCAGAACCUGAGAGGCACAGAUCUAAAUCUGAGAAUCAGCCAUACUGAAAACAGCUGCAGUUGAAAUAUCAAUGAAGAACUACAGAGGCAUUAAAUUAGACUCUUUGACUGGACAAUGAAUGCACUAUAAAAAUGUGGUGUGAAUCAAAAAGUAUUUCCCUUGGGUUGCCUGUCCAUACUACUGAUUAACUAGAUGACACGCAACAAAAGCAAACCCCAGACACAAAGGAUAACCUCUUUUUUAAAUAACUUUUAGCAGUGCUUUAAUUUUAUUCGUUCCGCUACUACUGAUGGGACAGGGUAUGGGAAAAUGUGCCUUUUAUUACAUUAUAUGCUCCGGAACCAGUUCAAUAUUUAAAUAUCAAAAUAUUUUCAAAAUUUCUAUGAUGAAGAGAACUUUUAAAAAUAGCUAGUACAUUAGGUGUUAUUUAUGAUCAAUUUAUUCUUAUCUAGACCAUAUUUUGAAUGAGUAGCACUGAUGAUUGCACUAUGCACCUGUCCUACAGAACUGGCAAGACAAAUCAAUGUCACCUCAAACUAUUCUGUUUGAAUGGCUGGGAUACUGGGAUGCAAAAGCUGGAACAGUCAGAGGGGAGAGAACAAACUCCAGAUAUAGAAUUAAAAGUACCGUCAGCUGAUAGGAAAUGGCCUGUCAAGUGAGGUAAAAGGGUAGAUAUACUCCUAAAUACAUCUGAUUUGAUGUACCUGCAAUUUUUGUAGCCUGUAACCCAGGAAGGAUGCUGGGAUGGAAGAUGAAAGCACUUAGCACCUUGGAAGAUGAGGUCAGGAAAAAGAUGGUAGCAAGUACAUAAGAACUGUGACUUAGCAAUUGUCUUUGUGCCUCAGUCUUAUGGCUGCAAUGGGAUGCAGCAGCAUAGUAUUUCUAUGAUACUGUACACAGGGUAAGUGUGUGUGGGGUGGGGUCCUCAUGGAUGAAGUUGUGCCUUGAGACUCAAGAACUCUAGGUUCAAUUUCCAGCCUAAUUCACUCAGUCUCUUUGACUGCUGACAGACAUGACAAAAAACAACCCUGUGCUUUACCAGAAGUUUAAAGUAAAGUCUCAUUUGUUUGGGGUUUUUUUUUCACAUCUCCAAGCUGCCUUUGUUCCUUAUGUGGACAGUGAGGGUGACGGUGUUUUCUUUGUCUAGAGCUGACUGCAGUCUCCCUUUGUUUGUACAGCAUGGAGCACAGUGGAGCCCAGAAAUCAAUUACAGUCACUAGGCAUUAUUAUAAUACAAUAUUCUACCUCCAAGGUGAUCCUGAGACUGGCACUGAAAAAUCAGCCCUACCUAUGCAGUCCUCCUCCAUGUGCUGCUUCCUGAAAAGAUGUCAUAUGAUAAGUGCAAGAGUCUCAGGUCCUGAAAGAGUCCCUGGGCAAAUGCCUUAAAGUAACUGUGUAACAGUUCUUGGCAAGUUGUACAUGUGGAGUGGGGGCAAGUGACCAGGGCUUGUUUCUUAGCAGCAACCUGGAGGUCACCACAAAGCAGUGAGAAGAUACCUCUCUUCCAUCUCUUUUUAACUGGCAACAAUUUAAAUACAAGCUGGAGGGAAUGUGCCACUUAAACAAUGAUAGUUGAUUUUAAUGUAAAUGUCAGGAGUUUGCACUUUCUGUCCCACUUAAUCCUUAUUAUAAAGGGUUGUGUGGCAAUUAGGCCUUGAACUUUACCUGAAACACACAUGACUUUUAGCCAGAAUGUAGAAAUCAUUCCAUUUAUUAUAAAAUCCAUAACUUUUUGUUUAUGAAUGUCCAAUAUAUAAAUUAUAAUGUACUUUCCUUUGCAUUUUGCACACUUCUAAAUUGAUGGGCAAUUUAUUUUAGAUUUCCAACCGCUGUAGAGUUAGGUCUAACUCGUACUCCAUGGGGUCUUAACUCCUAUUUCAACUAUGCAGUCAGUCCAAUAAAAGAUAUC